AACAUUGAAGAAAGUCAGCAACCGAAUAAUUGCUAAUUAUUAAUCAAGUUUAAUUAAUUAUAUUUUUUAUAGUAGAUCACGAACCUUUCAGCACCAUAUUUUGGGGGAAAAAUUAGGCGAUCAAAAAUCAAAAUCAAUGAUCACAUGUUUGGAUUGAUUAAUGGAUUUUGCAAUCAAAAAAAAAAAAUCCGAACGAUCAACAUGGCUUUACUUUUCAAACGAACAUUUCCAUUUUCACGACUUCAGGAGUCCAAGAAUGAAGUCGUUGAAACAGCACCGGAAAAAUCUCGAAUAAUAACUGCCGAUAUUAUUUCAGGAGCACCAAAGGAACUUCGGUAUAGAACAGUUAGAAUUUACAAACCUACUAGAACGGCAAUGCAAUCGGGAGAACAUAAUACUAAACAUUGGAGGUUAGAUUUUGAUAUUUUGGAAGGAGGCGGCAGAUGGGAAAAUCCUCUUAUAGGUUGGGCUAGCAGUUCAGAUUAUAUGCAAGCACUACGACUUAAAUUCAAGUCCAAGGAAGAUGCAAUUUAUUUCGCUGAAAAACAAGGGUGGGAUUAUUAUGUUCAAGAUCAUAUAGAACCAAAAUUUCGUAAAAAAGUUUAUGCUGAUAAUUUCAAAUAUUCACCAGGAAAAUUAAGAAUUAUUAAAACAAAAUAAAAGAAUAUGUUUAUUCAUUCAAGUUGUCUAAAAGUUAAACUUAUUCUCCCUUCUUUGACUAAUUUUU